AUGGGUACUACUACUCCAGUAGAUGAACGAGCUAUCGGCAACUUCUCUAACCACCAGACUGUUUGGCUUGAGACUGACAUUGAUGACCCGAAAAAUCAUAUCAAAUUUAAGAAUCUAUUUCAUAAAUUGAUACAGCCGUUAGAAACGAUGCUACCCACAAAAGAUCAUCCUCAAUAUAAUGAAACUGACAUCGAUAUACCUAUUAUGGAAGAUGAAAAAUAUAUUAUUGAACCAAAGUGUUUAUAA